AUGGAAAACUACACUUACAACAGCUUCACACUGCAGCUGGAGGGGUUAAAUGUCUCAAAGGCAUCUACGUACCCUGUGUUCCUGUUUCUACUCUUCUCCUACUUGUCUGUAAUCGUUGCAAAUGUGAGCAUUGCUGUUGUUAUUUUAAUGGACAAGAGUCUUCACCAGCCCAUGUAUCUCCUGUUCUGCAACCUACCGUUGAACGACAUACUUGGUAAUUCUAUCCUGUUGCCUCGUUUGCUUUUGGACAUGUUGAGGCCUCGCUCUGAGCUCUUCAUCAGUUAUUACGAAUGUGUGGUCCAAGCUUUCGCUUCUCACAUGUAUGGUGCCGCUGCUCACACUGUGCUGAUGAUUGGUCUGACUCUGCGUCUGAACCGAUGUAGGACUCUCAUCACAAAUCCUUACUGUGACAAUGCCUCACUGUUUAAGCUGUCCUGUGAGAGUGUGUUGAUUAAUAAUAUCUACGGCCUCACCUUCACCGUGGUUCUGUUCACAGGUUCGAUAGGCAGCAUGGUUAUCACCUAUACAAAGAUCACAGUAGUGUGUCUCACUAGUAACAGCAGGUCUCUGAACAGUAAAGCCCUGAAGACCUGCAGCACUCACCUGGUUGUGUUUCUCAUAAUGUUGUUUAGUGGAAUGUGUAUAAUUAUUCUGCAUCGUUUCCCACAGUACCCAGACUACAGAAAGAUCGCUAGCAUUUUGUUUCACAUAGUUCCAGGUACCCUCAACCCCAUCAUUUAUGGCAUACAAUCCAAAGAGAUACGAAAGUUCUUGCUAAAGUCUUUUCAAUCGAAGACAGUUUGGCCAUCGUCUUGA